UCAGCAAGGUAGAGUGGGCGCGCGGCGACUGCCAUUCCGGUCCGGAGGCGCGAGAGCUCCUGUUCGAGUCCGAGGAAACACUUCCUGAGCGUCGGGGAGAGUGGGCUGUCAUUCACUGGAUCCACCCCAGCCAAAGGACAACAGUGAACAACCACACAAUACAACUACUGACAGAUUUACUCAGGUCACCUGCUGUAUUUAUGAUGACUACACGAGGUAAAAGCGAAGGAUGCCGCAUCUGUGGUAAUGACCUGCAGGGUAACCAGAGACGAUGGUUGUAUGCAGGUCAGAACAGAAAGGGGGCACAACCUCAGACCCCAACAGACUUUUCUAGCAAGGGAAGCUUGCCCAGAUCAGCACAAAGCAGCCCAUGGGGAAGCACUUUAUCUCUCAGCUCCUCCCGUUCGCUCUCGAAUUCCCGCGGCCUGCUCACCCCUACGAAAGGAAUCGACCUGCUCAGUGUGCUGACACACAUAUUAGAGCAGCCUGUACCACGCGGGGCCGGUCAGGGGGAGUUUUUGUGUGGCAAGUGUGUGUCCGUUCUGGAGCGAGUUUUCAAGUUCGACACCGUUAUCGCCCGAGUCCGAAUGCUGUCAAAUGAGAGACUCCAGAAACUCACUCAGGAAAGGGACAAGAUUAGGCGAUGGGUGCGAAGCAUGUACGAUCAGCGACACUCUGUUAGUUCGAAAAGAAAAGAAAGCUCCAGUGAGGAUGAAGGGGACCGGAAGAAUUCGGUAGGGGAAGGAUACCGAGAAAUCCUGAGGGACAACAUGGCCCUCUCCCAGUACGAAUGGUGGUCCGAGAAAGCCGAGUCCUGUCCGUAUUUUAGGAAAACAGGGAAACGGUGUCAUCAGGGCAAGAAGUGUGAGUGUUGUGACUCCUUGAGGGUGUCCGACUCAGACUAUGAGUCCGUUUGUGGGAUUCCACGUCACUUGCCCGAUCAAGCCUUCACGUCAUUGGGCCUCUCUCGAGACAAAUCUAGCAGCAUGCCCCUUCAUUGGUUGAGCGUGCCAUCUGUCAGAUCGAGCCCCGCCUCGCUGUCUGGUUCCUGCCAUUCUUUGCGAUCUCGAUCCCGCACUACCUCCGUCCAAUCGCUGGACUCGAUAGACGGCACUGAUGUGUUUGAUUGGCAAGAGGAGCAUUCGGCCAUUAUAGACACCUUUUUCAAAGAAUUGAGGGGAAUUGAAGGAAAGCCGGUAAGGUCACCUGCUGGAAGUCGUAUUCCCGUGUUAGACAGAGGGGACGUGCAGAAUGGGAAGGAUGAGGUAGAUCUGAAAGCAGGGUUAGUGAGGGUCCUAGAUUUCAGAGAGGGGGACAAUGAGUUUGAAGAAGAGAACAACGACAUCCUGACCGAGCUAAAAGAUGACUUUAUGCCAUUACAAAGAGAGUCGUGUACGGUUAAGGUGCACCUUGCUGUGAAGCAGUUGCGUGAACAACUUGUUCAAGCUCAGGUUCGCAUCAGAACUCUUGAGGCUCAGCUCAGGGAGACCAACAAACCAGCAACCGGUGCUCCUGCCAAGCAGUUGAAGUCUCCGCAAGUGACCAGCUUAAAGAAUAAAAACGACCUCAUAGAGAGUCUCAGCCAAUCACUACACAGCAGAGAGAACGUAAUCCAGGAAUGUGUGACUUUGAUCCAGACGCUGUGUGCUGAGCAGGGAGUGGAAUCAGAGGACACCGACAAACUCAUCAAAAAACUGGCCAGUGCAGUGACCGAUACAUGCAGUGAACGUGAGGCUGUCUUGGAGGCUCAGCUGUCAGAUGCUAGCGAGAGAGAGAAAGCCCUGGAGAAACAGCUGCAGGCCGCAAGGGACGCAGGCAGAGAGCGAGACCGAGACUUCAUCACACUCAACACUGUGCUCCAGUGUAACCAGGAUGUUAUUAACCACCUGCGUGUAGAGCUUGGAGAGCGAGAGCAAGCCCAACAGGAGAUGAUGAAAGAAUGGGAAGUGUGGAAAGAGAGAGAUUCAGCCCUGACUGCACUGGUGAAGGAUAACAAAGACUACAUUUCCCAGCUUAAGGAAGCACUCGAGAGUUCAUGCAGAGAUGUGCAGGCACUCUCAGACUCUCUGAUUGGACGGGGGUUGGAAGGGGGAGGAGCUGAGUCUGGAUUGGUUAAUCAGCUGCGAGAGAAAGAAGCUCUGCUGGUGGCGAGUUUCAGAGAUAGAGAGGAGCUCAGCACCACCAUGUUGCAGGAGAUCUCAAGACUCUCCUCGGCCUUAACCGACGCUGAAAACCUCAUACUGGACCAAAGAGAAAAUCACAAACGUGCUAUCACUGCCCUAUCAGAGCGACUCAAAGACACACUUAAGGAGCUGAGAGAGAAAACCAAGGAGACGAAGGAGGCUGAACUAGGGUGGAAGAAGGAGAAUAAGGAGAGAGCUUUCGAAGAAGUAAAACUGAGGGACAAUCUUCAGAAGAGAGAUAAACUUAUAGAGCAAGUUCUUCUGGAGUUAGAGGAGCGGGAUGGCGUGUUAUCAGAGCUAAAGCACAACAUCUCUAGCAAACUUGGACCCAAGACAGCCCUCAAACACACACUGUGAGUGUGUGAUUAACACAUACUGUGAGUUUAAUUAUGCUCUGUGAAUACUGAACUGCACAAUAUAUUGUUAAUUGACUGCAAUGUCUAAAUUCUCUCAGAUGCCUUUCAAUUUGCUGCACUAAACUAACAGAAAUGAUGAUCUGCUUCAAUUCUUAUGGUAGUUCUCUAGUUUAAGAAUUUGAGAUGGGCUAAUGUGUGCAGUAAGUUGUGAAUAGUGCCAAUCUAUGUUCUGACAUAUUGCUCAAAACUGAUUUUUGGAAAGUUGAGGGUAUAUAAUGAAAUAUUAUUUUAGUUCACAUGAAUUUAUGAUUGGUCCAUUACAGGUUGCUUUAGUCAUUUUGAUUGAAUACAGCCAUAAAAUGUUCUGAUUACGUCCUACACUGUCAGAUUGUGGUUCCAAGAUUUACAUACACACAAGUGCCUUUUCAGCACUCUUACAUAAUUUGCUUAUUAAUAAUUAAGUUCCCUAGAGCCUUCAAUUGUUGUUGUUAUUAUUAUUAUUAAAUGGUUAAUUUUUUAUUGAUUAUGGCUGCUGGAUAUGUUGAAUGCUGCUUUUCUCUUAUUGUUUGAUUUACUGUAUUUUCCCCCAUGUUCUGUUCCAUGUGAUCUUUAUGUUUGUCCUGUAUUUAUAAAUGUUUUCUCAAGUUGAUUUGUUUUUGAGAUGCAGUUAUAUUCCCAACUUGGAUGUGCUAUCGUUGUUCCAGUGUAGGAAAAUCUUUUUCACAGCAGAAGGAUUUACAGACUGUCUGAAUUUUUUUUUUAAUUUUUUUUUUAUUUUCUUAUUUUAUUUGGGUAAACUGGAAUCCCCGAAACUUGAUGCAUACCUCAUAAAUCACAUUUAAAACGAAGCCUCAAGUUUGUGUGGGUUUUGCGGUUCUAGAGGUUUUCUUUUAUUAAAAGUUCUUUCUUGAGAACUCAGGGGUUUGACAAUAAAGCCUCGAAUAUUCAAA